UCCAAACCAAUCAUAAAACCAUGAAAACCCCUUUCUAAACGCCAAUGGAGUUGCUUGCUACCAUCAAUUAUCAAAGCACCCCCCAAACGCAACAAGAGAGAUUAGAGCACUUUUCUCUUUUCCUAAUUUUAUAAUAGACACAUCGUCAGCAAAGCGAGCCUUACAAACCAAGCAAUUAUAAACCUUCCACUUGAGUCACCAGCACUGUACAGUAUUCACUUGUGUUUUCCUCAGCCAGACGUUUCACAGAUAUAUCGACUUUUCACUUCUCAGUUCCAAAUCUGAAGCCGAACCCAUUGAACCAUUCCUUGGUUACAUGCUAAUUACCAUGUCUAUAUGAUUAGAAAUUGUGGGAUUAUAAUCAAAAACCGAAACUAGAGAGAAAACCCAACCCAACAACGGUAACAACGAGAAAAGCCGCAUAGCUAUGCUUCCUCUGCCUCCCUUUGAUCUCAAAGAUGUUCAGCAAAAGCUCGCCACGCAUUUCAGGCCUUGGCAACGCUCCUUUCAGUUCUGGGCUCGAGCUGUUGAUAUCUACACUGGCUACAAGGUGUUUCAGCUUCGAGUGAUUUUGGUGAAGGAUGUGAAGAAACAAGAGGAAAUGUGGGAAAGGCAGCAUGAAGUUGCCGCUGAGAAGAUAUAUGCUAUGUGCUCAGACCUCGGCGGUUUCUUCCUCAAGGUUGCCCAAAUUAUCGGGAAGCCCGACUUGGCCCCAGCGGCAUGGGUGAAAAGGCUUGUUACGUUGUGUGAUCAUGCUCCUGCAACCCCAUUUGAUGCUGUUCAGCUUAUGCUGGAGAUGGAGUUGGGUCGAAAUGUUGGUGAGGUGUUUGACAGAUUCGAUGUGGAUCCUCUAGGCUCUGCUUCAAUUGCACAGGUUCACCGAGCAAGAUUGAGAGGUGAUAAGACUGAUGUCGUUGUCAAGGUGCAACAUCCUGGAGUUCAGGAUCUAAUGAUGACAGAUAUUCGUAACUUGCAAGCUUUUGCUUUAUGCAUACAAAAGACAGAUAUCAAAUUUGAUCUAUACUCUGUAACUAAGGAAAUGGAGAAACAGAUUGGUUAUGAAUUUGACUUCAUGAGGGAGGCUAAUGCUAUGGAAAAAAUUAGACGUUUUUUGUAUGAGAAUAACAAAAAGAGUCCUGUUUUGGUGCCAAGACUGAUGCGAGAUAUAGUCACUAGGAGAGUCUUAGUUAUGGAAUAUAUCGAUGGAGUUCCAAUCCUGAAUCUUGGUGCUGAAAUUGCGAAAAGAGGAAUAAAUCCUGGUGGUAAGAUUGCAGAGGCUGCAAAGCAGAAAAUCCUCCAAAGUUUGACACUAGCAUAUGGACAAAUGAUUUUGAAGUCAGGUUUCUUCCAUGCAGAUCCUCAUCCAGGAAAUAUCCUAAUCUGUAAAGGCUCAGAGGUUGCGUUGCUGGACUAUGGCCAAGUGAAAGAUCUACCAGAUGAGUUGAGACUUGGUUAUGCAAACCUUGUUCUCGCCAUUGCUGAUGGUGACCCUAUUAGAGCAUCAGAGAGCUACAGGGAGCUUGGCAUAGGAACCUUAAGCAAAUGUGAAAAUGAACAGCAUGAAUUGUUAAAGUUGGCAGAGACAAUGUUUGACACGAAAUUACCCCCUGGAGUGACAAUGCUGCAGCCAUUUUCUGAGGAAUCUUCAAUUAAAAAAAUUGCAGUUGAGGCUUUCCCAGAAGAAUUGUUUUCUGUACUUCGGACAGUGCAUCUGCUGAGAGGACUUAGUGUUGGUUUGGGAAUCAACUACUCAUGUGCUGAACAAUGGAGGCCCAUUGCAGAAGAAGCUUUGUUUCGUGCUGGGAGGUUAACAGGUAAGGCUGUCAAGGCUAGAGGUCGUAGGCGGGGUUUAUCAAGGUUAUUUUGGAGAGACUGAUUAUCUUGUAAGAAGAGGUAGCUUUUUGCUGAUCAGGAGGAACCUUCUUUGCUUCCAAAAUUGGUUUUAGUGAUGAGUAGUUUUCUAAUUGUCCGAUUAAUGUUAAACCUGGAGAAGGAAACUUCAGGUCAUCGACGGGCAUAUAUUCUUUCCUUUUGGCAUCGUUUUAUUUCGCCACAAGUUGUUCAAUUUCUUUGAGCUAGUGCUGUUUGCUGUUUUAAGAUGUUUAAAAAAAAAUCUCAGUUGGCUUAUUAUAACGAGAAUGAUUAGAAUGG